AUGAUCUAUUCCGUUUUCCUUCUUAGUGUUCUUCUUGUUGUUAUCUCCUACACCACCACCACAUCUCUCUCUCUUUUUAUAUCUAUCUAUCUCUGUCUCUAUCUAUCUAUAUCUCUAUCUAUCUAUAUCUCUAUCAAUCUCUAUCUCUAUUUAUCUCUCUAUGUCACUAUCUAUCUCUAUCUAUCUAUAUCUCUAUCAAUCUCUAUCUCUAUUUAUCUCUCUAUGUCACUAUCUAUCUCUAUCUAUCUCUAUCUAUCUCUAUCUCUACCUCUAUCUAUCGCUCUAUAUCUGCUUCUCUCUAUAGCUAUCUAUCUAUAUCAAUCUCUAUCUAUAUCUAUAUUUAUAUCUAUCUCUAGACAUAUGAAUAUCUAUCUAUAUAUCUAUAUCUAUCUAUAUCUAUCUAUAUUUAUAUCGAUAUCUAUCUCUAUAUCUAUAUAUCUAUCUCUAUCUAUAUUUAUAUCUAUCUCUAUCUAUAUAUUUCUCUAUCUGUGUCUAUAUCUAUCUAUAUUUAUAUGGAUAUCUCUCUAUAUAUCUAGGGAUAAAAUCCCCAACACUGAGGUUCUUCAACGUGCGGAGGUCGUCAGCAUCGAGGCCAUCAUACGACAACGCCUUCUGCAUUGGGUUGGACAUAUUGUGCGGAUGUCGGGCAGUAGCCUCCCAAAAAUUGUAUUCUACGGAGAGCUCGAGAUCGGCAGCCGCCCACGUGGGGGCCCAAAGAAACGGUUUUAG